CUACCAUACUACCAUCACCACCGCACACCUCAUCAUUCUCCUACUCCUCCUCAUCCCUCCAUUUUCCAUCGAGCGUUUCCCUCUUUUACACUCGUGUGUAUCAUUGUCGAUCAAUAACCAUCACCGCCUUCAGGAUUCGAACCCUCUGAUAGACACCCCUCUACACAACGCACACCUCCGCACUUAACACUUGCCCAACUCAGUCACUUGAUCCAGGCGUCAUUAACCAAUUCACCACUCGGUCUUCUUCUCUGUCCUCGUGUUGUGUUGGCUUCGACUCGACCCAUCAGCCUCGCCUCGUCUUCGCUCAAUCAUCUUCCCCCUUGCGCCCACCCCUGCUUCAACAAUUCCCUUUCCUCAUUCAAGAAUCAGGCCAGGCCCACGGCCGAAUCCAACUGGUCUGAGGCGCAACAAUAGCCUUGGACCAUUCUCCUUCAAUCUCGUCCCGCUUUCAGCCCUUAUCUCCGCUAUUCGACCAUCUUAACCACUAGUUCAUCCUCGCCUACCAUCACAGCUGCACAAGACGGUGCCAGUCCCUUGAAAAACUCCAAUAGCCUUGCAUCACAAUGUCCGCACAAGAUGGACAAACAAACACAACCCUAGAAUCCCCAAAUCCUCCACAAGACACCCCGGUCCGUGAACAAUCCCCUCAAGGAGGAAGCUCUGAUGGCGAGGGCGGCGAAAGAACCGCACGGGAAAAAUUGAAAAAGACGUCCAUUGCCGGUCUUGCCCAACAAUCACAGCCCAAGUCCUCGUUGACGGCUCCAUCCCCUCUCGGCGAUACCACUGCCACCCAGUCUUCAAUUAAACCUGCUACCGAGAAUGGUCUCCGUGGACGACCAUCUAAGAAGCGCUCGUUCGAAGACCUUCAGAACGAAGACUCCACCGCCAGUGCCGAGAAUGGUGAUCUACCCUUACCAAAGAAGGGUCUACACAAGAGAAUGAGAUCACGCGACGUCCCGGUGGGCGAAGACAUUCAAGCGUUUGAUAAGCUCGAUGACCUGGCAAGUCCCGUCCAAGAAGAGAGCGACAUUGAAGCCGAGCACUCUCCAGGCGGCCCUGGCAUCCUCGUCACAGCCCCGUCGAAAGCCCAUUCCACCGAUGCCCCUUCUGCCGAUACAACAGAACCCACAGAGGCGGCCGAGGCCGCAACCACGUCAGAAGAUGUGCCCGUAUCAACAGUCACCGAUACCUCUGUCCCGGAACCUAAAACCGAACCAACCUCAUCCUCGAUACCUGCAUCAUCUGGUUUUGCCAACACCUCGACUGCAUCUCCGUUCGGUACUUUGAGAUCAACAAAAUCUCCUGAACCCGCUGGUUCCACCUCCUCUCCAAACAAGGCUACCUCGAAUUCGGCUUUUGCUUCAUCUGGUCUAUCCGCGUUUGCUUCCUCGGAGAAGUCGCCAUUUGGCACUGCCGCCAAGUCAACUGGCGGCUUUGGUGGUGGCAGCGGCUCAGGAUUUGGCGGCGGUAGUGGCACGGGUUUCGGUAACAGCAUCAGUGGACUCGGUGAUACUAGAGGUAUUUCACCAUUCGCUAGCAAACCACUCUCCGGGUUUGGUUCGGGUGGAGGUUUCGGAAGUGGAGGUCUUGGUUCUGGUUUCGGAAGUGCAAGCAAGCCUUUUGGUUCAGGGACCUCAUCUUUCGCUGCCCCGGCAGGGUCUACAGGAACAUUCGGCACCGCCAAGCCUUUCACUUCUUCGACAGAAAAAGACGAUGACGACCAUGGGAGCGAACAAGGCGACGAUGGCGAAGAAAAGCAACGAAUCGAAGAGGAUCUUCACCAAGACCCCAGAUUCAAGGAACAAGAUCUUGAAACCGGCGAAGAAGGGGAGAGAACCGUAUUCACUUGCAGAGCCAAGCUGUAUCACUUUGACAAGGAAUGGAAGGAAAGAGGUGUGGGAGCAUUUAAAAUCAACAUGCGAUGGGCCAGAAAGUCGGCUGGUACAGAAGACGAAAAAGCAGACCAGAAUGUCUCCGAGGAAGACGUCGAGGCCGGCGAAUCUGGAGACUUUGACAAUUUUGAGCGAAGAGCACGAUUGCUCAUGCGCACUGAUAGUGUCCAUCGUGUGGUUCUCAAUACACCCGUCUUUAAAAAGAUGAAAGUGGGAGAUGGUGAAGGAAAAGAGCCCAGUGGCAAGACCAUGCUUCUGACGGGUAUGGAAGAUGGGAAACCAGCGUUGUUUCAGAUUAAGACCGGAAAGGAAGAGACGUUGAAAGACCUCUAUCACCGCAUCAAAGACUUACAACAAGACCUGUAAGGAUCUUUACUGGCCACGAGCCAUGCAGUGACACAGAACCAUGAUGCACAUCCUAUCAAGAUGGAAGUUAUGACCUCGGGGCAUCCACGCGGAAUUUCUCAUUAAACCGUGCUGCCGGAUUAAAUGGACCUGGCGCUAGACUUGGACGAUCAGUCACCAGACACGAAUGAAUGAGUAAAAAGUUGAUCGAUCGAUCAAGUAAGUGAUUGUUGGAUUGCUUCGAACAUGACCAAAAAGACCAUGGACACGACGAAUUUCAUUUUUUCUGUCUUGAUCAAAGAAGGAGCCUUGUAUGGGGGUUUGCAUACAAUACCAUGCCCACUGGGGAACAAUGAUGAAUCAACCCAAUACAGGAUGGGAUCGACGAGAAGAAACAUGCAGAAGGAGAAGCAAUACGUCGACCAUGGCAUGCCCGUGUGAGAGAGAGACAAAAUCGGGGCGGAUUGUGUAAGUUGUUUAGAUUUGCUCGAGUAAACAAAGAUCAAGCAAGUGAGUGUCUUGAGAGGGACGAGUCAAGAUUUCGACCGUUCAAAACUUUGCUUGCCGUCUA